GGCGAUAAAGUUGUUUGUUGAAUACACCUCGCUCUUUCUUCCUUUCUUCUACUCGCGGAGUUCUUUGCUAGAGGUCUUUAAUUAAAGUACAUGCAUGUUAAACACUUUUUCGUAGCGUCUGUUUUGUUUGUUGUUCUUUAUUUUAUGUAUAAAAGACCUUGUUAGGGGUGGAUUAAAGUUUAGUUCAUGAAAAGUGCCCGCGAAGUUAAGAAUAAACGACGAAUUACUGAAAAACUACACCACGAAACAUGGUUAAGUUAAUGACUAUCAUAGUUUUCUUAGCAGUUAUCGUUGCCGCAGUUGCCACUAAGCCUGAUCAUGGAAACAAACAACACCACCCGCAGCAGCAUACACACGGAAAACAAGUCGUAGGGCACGGAAAGUCUUCCUCGGCUGGUCAUGGUCACAGUCAGAGUCACAGUCAACCCGGAGUUCAUGGUCAUGAUAGCUCACACAAGACUCACGGAUCUAAUCAUGGCCAGCAGCACGUCAAAUCACAGCACAAUCAGAAAAAGCACGGACAUUAGAUACCGGAUUAGAUUCACAAAUUCUUGACAAAAAAUAAACUUUAUUUUACAUAAGAAACAAAAA